AUGGAUAUAAGGCUGUUUGAGGCUUCUCGAACAGGAGAUAUCCAACUUUUGUACCAACUUCUGGCGAAGAAUCCACUUCUGCUCCAUACUCUUGCCCUAGCUUCUUUAGAGAAUCCCUUACAUGUGGCUUGCAUUGCUGGCCAUGUUGACUUUGUCAAGGAGAUUGUGAGGUUCAAGCCAGAUUUUGCCCAAGAAAUUAACAAUGAUGGGUUUAGCCCCAUGCAUAUUGCAUUUGCAUCUGCCAAUGGAAGUGUUGAAGAUGUAACCGUACAAGGGGAGACUAGUUUGCACCUUGCUGUUGAGCACAGCCAGUUUGUAGCAAUUAAAGCCUCGGUGGAGUUGGUCAGAGAAUUGAACAAGGUGAACAUCCUGAAUAUGAAGGAUAAUAAUGGCAAUUCAGUUCAUCUAGCAGGCUGGAAACACCAGGUGGUGGAAUGGUUAGUUGGCAUUAAUGGAACUACUCCAGGUGCAUUGGAAGUAAACAAUGUAAACCAAAGUGGUCUCACACCUCUUGAUCUGCUGCUAAUCUUCCCAAGUGAAGCCGGUGAUAUGGAAAUCCACUAG